ACAGCCGCCUCCACCAUGCGGCCGAAGUGUGACCCCAAUGAGAUCAAAGUCGUAUACCUGAGGUGCACUGUGGGUGAAGUCGGUGCCACGUCUGCACUGGCCCCGAAGAUCGGCCCCCUGGGCCUGUCUCCAAAAAAGGCUGGUGAUGACAUUGCCAAGGCAAUGGGUGACUGGAAUGGCCUGAGGAUUACGGUGAAACUGACCAUUCAGAACAGACAGGCCCAGAUUGAGGUGGUGCCUUCUGCCUCCACCCUGAUCAUCAAAGCCCUCAAGGAACCACCAAGAGACAGAAAGAAACAGGAAAACAUUCAACAUAGUGGGAAUGUCACUUUUGAUGAGAUCAUCAACAUUCCUCGACAGAUGCGGCACCGACCUUUAGCCAGAGAACUCACUGGAACCAUUAAAGAAAUCCUGGGGACUGCCCAGUCUGUGGGCUGUAAUGUUGAUGGCUGCCACCCUCAUGACAUCAUAGAUGACAUCAACAGUGGUGCUGUGGAAUGCCCAGUUAGUUAAGAAGCACAAAGGAAAAUAUUUCAAUAAAGGAUCAUUUGACAAACAAAAAAAAAGAGGUCUAGUGAGUAUGAAUACACACACACACACACACAUACACACACACACACACACAUGUUUUUACUGGCAUAAUCUAAUGUCCCUGGGCCACAUGGGUUGCCUUUGAGAGGGGAAGCAGCUAGGAAACAAGUCUGCAAAAGAAAUUGUAUCUUACAUACCCUCCUGUGCCCUUAGAAUUUUAACUAUGUGAGUGGAUUGCCUAUUUAAAAUACAAUGAAAAUAAAACUAAAAGAAACC